AUGCAGAAUUCUCCAUCAUCAGGAUCGAAUUCAGAAAUUCAAGCUAAAACCAAUGACCGUGAUAGCGUCAAAUUAAUGACUAGCCAUCAUCCUACACAUCAGUCAGCUCCUCCUGCUGCUACGACAGGCGACAUUCCCUCUCCCGCAGUUCUUGCUGCUCCUGCCACUGCUGCUGCCGCUGCUGCCACCGGACUAAAUACGACGGUAUCUUCCUCUUUGCCCCCAACAUCUCCUUCUUCCUCAACCCUUACGAAUGGUACCUUUUCCAAGAGAAGAGAGCGCCCCAAACGUUCAUCAUCACGAAAUGUUGAUUACGAUUUGAAGAAGCGUAAGAUAAUUCCGUCGUUUGAUUCCACCAAAGUCGCUCCUACAACGAGUCUCCAACAUACAUCAACUUCAAUCUUCGCAAAAAAUACCAUAAAUGAAAAUAAUACUAUAUCGAAUGGCAGUUCCUCGUCAUCUACGAGUGGUAGCGGUGUUGAGGCAGAUUCUGAUCAUUUAUCCAAUGUAAAAGAACAACGGAAAAUGUUAGAAAAGGACAGGAAAGGCAAUAUAAUACAUUUCAAUGAACCAACUAUAACGAGUGAAAUAAUAAACCUGGCAACUGGUGUACCAUUGAACCAAGGUCCAAAUGAAAAGAUCAAAAGAUUUUCAUUAUGGAAUUAUAAAAGAACACCAGUACCAGGCCAAUUAGCUCCCACUAUGACAGGUACCGAAUUACAAAUUCCAAAUAAUAAAUCAAAGUCGAAAUCAAGUUCGCCACAAUUGAAUAUACCAGAUGCCGUUCAAACUGCUAUACCGAGUGACUAUAAUGAUAUAAUUGAAAAAGAAUUACGACUGUAUAAUAUGAAUUUGAAAACAAAUGAAUCAAAUUAUUUAACAAAACCAAGUAAUCUAAGAGCCUCUAUUAAUAAACAAGUAACUAUGUCAGAGGACGAAGAGCGUCACACUCAAGAGGAACAACUAUUAUUGUCACCUUCCAAAAAGCUACAUAAAAUUAAAGCCACCUUUUCGAACGACUCUAAAAUUAAAUUACUAGGACAAAAUUCAAUUCCAAACAACAAUAAUAAUACCCAAAACGAGAUCGAAAAGGGGAAAGAUUCAUCAAAAAAACAAGAAGCAGAACAGCAAAAAGCAGAACAAGAAAAUGAUGAUUACUGUUCUGCUUGCCUACAAGCAGGUUCAUUUUUAUGUUGUGAUACGUGUCCAAGAUCAUUUCAUUUCUUAUGUUUAGAUCCUCCAUUAGAUCCAAAUAACUUACCAGAAGGUGAUUGGUCAUGUCAUCAUUGUCUUUUCAAAUUAAAAUAUUCAAACACUACACAGUUAAAUAAAGGUGAAUCCUCAUUCAUUAAGGAGUUAUCAUCAUCACUAGCAUCGUCAUCCAACAUACUAUCAACAACUGCAUCAUCAUCAAAGAAAAGUGGGAGAUUGUUUGGGAAAUUAUUAUUCCAAUUAAAUUCCAUAAAUCCAAGACAGUUUAAUUUACCUCAAUCAGUCAAAGAAACAUUCAAAAAUGUAAAGACAGGGCCAAGAGGUCAAUACAUUGAUGGAACGGAAAAGGACCCAUUAACUGAUAAACAGAUGUUCCAUCCAACCUACGGCCAAAGUGUAACUAAGUUAGAUACAUAUAACCCUGAUUCUCAUCUUGAUACAACAAUGGCAUCCGUUAUGACAUCUCCAGAUAAUGAUUUACAUCCAGAUAAUUUCUUAAUAUGUUAUAGAUGUAAAACGACUAAAAUGGGCACAUGGGAUCAUCCAGAAAACUCAAGAUUAAUUAUGAAGUGUGAUUAUUGUAAUACUCCAUGGCAUUUAGAUUGUAUUCCACAAGUUCCAAGAGCAUCAUUGAAAAAUUUAGGUUAUAAAUGGAAAUGUCCACUGCAUGCAUUAUCCUCAUCGCCGUCAUCAUCUUUUGCAGAUCGGAAGGAACAAAAGAAGAGAAGAUUGACGAGAAAUCAAAAAUAUAUCGAGCCAUUACAAUCAAGCGGAUUCAAAAAUGAUGGAGAUAUUGAAAUUAUAUUAGAUGAAAUUAACGAACAACCGACAAAAUAUUAUCAAGAACUCUCAAAAAAACCGGGGAACCUUGAUCCUAUACCGACACUUAAAGAAGAUUCCAUCAAGGUAGAUUUUUAUGAUAAAAUAUUUAGAGUGAGACGAAAUCAAUCUAUUUUGAACUUUAAACAUCAGAAUUAUAUUCUAGAUAGAUUGAUUUCUUUAUCUCUCAAUUCUGUAUCAUCAUUGGAGGAAACAGAAAACCAAACUACCAAUAAUUUAAGUUUAAAUGAUUUGACUUCUUUAGUGUUCUUCCAAUUCAUAAAUUCCAACCAGAAUAGGGACCUACGGACGCUAUGGAAUUUCAAAGAAUUAUGCAACAUCGCAGAAAAGACCUUUAGUGAGGAAACGAAUGAAGAACCGAAAGCUUAUGAACAGGUUGUUAAAAAAGAAGAGAUAAUAUCCAAAGACUUGACAUAUAAUAAUAUUGGUAGGCUAGAAGCCGAUGCUACGAAUAUUUCAUCAAAAGAAUUGCAUGAAUUAUUAGUACUUAGAAAGUUAGUCGAGUCAAAACCAAAGGAAGAAGUAUUACGGUUUUUCAAUUUAAAUUAA